GUGGAAACGCUCUUUAAUUCAACUCUUGUUGUAGGUGGUCGCGACCAAGAAUCGACUGGAUUCGCUUGGUGGGCGGGUAACGCUCGACUUAUUAACCUUUCUGGUAAACUUUUAGGUGCACACGUUGCACACGCAGGUCUUAUUGUGUUCUGGGCUGGGGCUAUGAACCUUUUCGAAGUGGCUCACUUCGUACCUGAGAAACCAAUGUAUGAGCAAGGAUUAAUCCUUCUCCCACACUUAGCUGCUCUCGGUUAUGGUGUUGGACCUGGUGGUGAAGUUCUUGAUACAUUUCCAUACUUUGUAUCUGGUGUUCUUCACCUCAUUUCAUCUGCUGUUUUAGGUUUUGGUGGUGUUUAUCACUCACUUAUUGGACCUGAGACUCUUGAAGAGUCAUACCCAUUCUUCGGGUACCUCUGGAAAGACAAGAACAAAAUGACAACAAUUUUAGGAAUUCACCUUGUACUUCUUGGAAUUGGUGCUUGGCUUCUUGUUUGGAAAGCUAUGUACUUUGGUGGAGUUUAUGAUACAUGGGCACCUGGUGGUGGUGAUGUACGUGUAAUUAGCUACCCAACUUACGACCCUUCAGUUAUUUUCGGAUACUUACUUAAGUCACCUUUCGGUGGUGAUGGUUGGAUUAUCUCUGUAGAUAACAUGGAAGAUGUAAUUGGUGGUCACAUUUGGAUUGGAACUACUUUAAUUAUUGGUGGUUUCUUCCACAUCUUCACUAAGCCAUUCGCAUGGGCACGUCGUGCUUUCGUAUGGUCUGGAGAAGCAUACCUUUCAUACAGUCUUGCAUCUGUGUCACUUAUGGCAUUUAUCGCAGCUGUAUUUGUAUGGUUUAACAACACUGUUUACCCUUCUGAAUUCUUUGGACCGACUGGACCAGAAGCUUCGCAAGCACAAGCAUUUACUUUCCUUGUUCGUGACCAACGUUUAGGAGCAAAUAUUGCUUCUGCACAGGGACCAACUGGAUUAGGUAAGUACCUUAUGCGUUCGCCAACUGGAGAGAUUAUCUUUGGUGGUGAAACUAUGCGUUUCUGGGAUAUGCGUGCUCCAUGGGUGGAGCCACUUCGUGGACCAAACGGGCUUGAUUUAUCUAAGCUUAAAAACGAUAUUCAGCCUUGGCAAGAGCGUCGUUCAGCUGAGUACAUGACUCACGCGCCUUUAGGAUCACUUAACUCUGUAGGUGGUGUAGCAACUGAAAUUAACUCAACUAACUUCGUAAACCCACGUAGUUGGCUUGCAACAUCACACUACGUUUUAGGAUUCUUCUUCUUUGUAGGGCACCUUUGGCACGCUGGUCGUGCACGUGCGGCUGCUGCUGGUUUCGAAAAAGGAAUUGAUCGUGACACAGAGCCAGUACUUUCAAUGCGUCCGCUUGACUAA